GAGGAGGAGGGAAAUAAAGAGUUUGGACUUAAUUAUUCAUUGUACUACUAUAUUUGAUGUGUCUUCUCCAUUUCCAAAGUCUUGACAAUUGGAAGAUGGGAAAAAUAAAAAGUCAUUUCCAAAGUCUUGAAAAUUGGAAGCAGAUGGGAAAAAUAAAACGUCAUUUUGACCGUUGUCAUUAUCAUCUCUAUAUAAUCCACCAUCCCUUACAACAUCAAAUAUACUUUAUAUUAUUGAUAUGGCAACACAAACCAACAAAGACCAUUUCUCUGGUGGACUUGCAAAGAUCUUGGCAGAAAAAUGGCAAGUUGACGUACGGCUAAAGGCAGUGGAUAGUCAUGAGGGUUCAGUUAUCUCAGCCCACAAAGUUAUUCUGGCAUCAAGAUCGGAGGUUUUUAAAAAGAUGCUAGAAUCAGACGAGUUCAAGAAUUCAGCUAAGGAAACAAUCACUCUCUCAGAGAUAAAACAAGAAGAGUUAGAAGCUUUUGUUGAGUUUAUAUAUAGUGAUGGUUCUAUGCUUUCUGCGAAAGUGAAGCAACACGCAAUGGUACUCUAUCGUGCGGCUGACAAAUACGAGAUUCUCCAACUACGUGACCUAUGCAGAUCCGAGCUUAUAUCUUCUCUGAAUUCGACGAAUUCUCUUGACUUCAUUGAGCUCGCCCAAACCCCUUUUGACAAAGUCCUCAACGAUGCAGCCCUUAGUUAUAUUAAAACAAAUGAAUUUAUGAUUGGUAGCUUUGAUAAGUUCAAGCUGUUCGUUGAUAAUUACCCAAAUCUUGCCGUGGAGAUAAUGAUGGCUUUUCUUCCUCCUAGUAGAAGCUGUUCUAAGUGUGGUCUCAAAACCUAUCAUAAUCAGACUGGUACAAGCUGCUGUAACUGUGGUUUUGACUAUCCUAGUAGCAUUUAGAUGAAUCACAAUGUAUCACUCCAUUUUUAUCGUUGUUAAGUUUCCAAAACUUAGCAAAUCUCGUAUAAAAAUUUUCGGUUUAUAUAUA